CAAAAGAUGAUGGAUUUUACUCGAAACCCUCAAAUCGCACCUGCUGAGCUUUCCAGCAUUACCAAGAGUUACUUUUGGGAAGGAGGAUUCUGACAUGAGAUGAUCAACAUGUCUACCUGAGCUAACCCCUCAGGCUCUGAUGCCACUCUCACAUUAUAGAUUAUUGCAUUUCUAUCUAACAAACGCACUCUAAAUUGCAACAUAGGAAUAUUAAACUCCACAAACCACUGAGACUCCACCUACACGCUCAGUCUGUAACUUACAAACACACACCAACACUUUCUCCAGAGAUGAUGAUGUGCUCUCGUCUGCAUCCCUCACUGCCUCACCUCUUGUCGCUGAGGCUGCUGGGUACCGCUGCCACCAGGACGGUGGUCAAGCAGCCGGACAUUCUGUCAGCGACUCUGGCCUUCAAGGACCCCAGUGCAUUCAGGGUGAAGAGUCUGGGGGAGCUGCUGCGUGCUCUGGGCAUCUUCCGCCUCUGCUCCUUCCCAGUGCUGGUCAACAACUCAGGGAAGCUUAUGUCGGUAGCGCGCGCCCUGCUGGGGAGGAGGGGGUUCUCCCUGCUGCUGCGGCCCACGGUGUACGCUCAGUUCGUGGCCGGAGAGAACGAGCAGGAGAUCUCUCAGUCCAUGGAGAAGAUGAGCCUGCUGGGACUGAGGCCCAUGCUGGCCGUACCUAUAGAGGAGGACCUGGGAGAGAGCACAGGAGAGAAGAGAUACAAUGACAACAUGGAGGCUAUGCUGGAGUGUGUGCGGAUAUCCCACAGCAACGCCUGGAGCAAAGACCCCAUGAUGCAGCUGAAGAUCACAGCUCUGAUUAACCCGGAGCUGUGUGUGAAACUUACAACCCUCAUCGCUCAGCAACCCUAUGACCUGGAUCUCCUGGUCAGAGCCAUGGACGGAGAGCAAAUCAACUUCCCGGGUUUAGAUGAAAGUGAAGUUGCACAUUUCCUCUGCAGCCUGCAGAGACUCAACAAAAUAGCAGAGGCAAGUGUAAACAAAGUCAGAGUCCUAGUUGAUGCAGAGUACACCUACAUGAAUCCCGCCCUCUCUCUUGUCACCAUGGCGAUGAUGAAGAAGUUUAAUAAAGAUGGCGCCUGGAUUUGGAACACAUAUCAGUGUUACCUGAAGGAGUCCAGGUCUCUCCUGUUAGAAGCUCUGAGCCAGUCCAAGAAUGAGGGUUUCUGUCUGGGGGUCAAGCUGGUGCGAGGAGCCUACAUGGACAAAGAGAGGAAGCUGGCUGAGAAACAGGGUCUUCUGGACCCCGUGCACAAGAGCUGGGAGGACACCAACGACAGUUAUAACGGCUCGAUGAGUGUGAUGCUGGAAGCCAUUUCCCAGAAACCUGAGCGAUACAAGAUCAUAGUCGCCACUCACAACGAGGAGUCCGUGAGACGAGCCGCCCAACGGAUGGAAGAGUUGGGGAUAGACAGAGAUGGAGGCUCAGUGUGUUUCGGCCAGCUGCUGGGCAUGUGUGACCACGUCUCCCUCACACUGGCUAAGGAGGGUUAUGCCGUGUACAAGUCAGUCCCGUAUGGCACAGUGGAUGACACACUCCCCUACCUGGUGCGUCGUGCUCAGGAGAACCGCACCGUACUGCAGGGAAUCCGCAAAGAGAGGGACCUGCUGAGGAAAGAGCUCUUCAGGAGAAUGGGUCUGAGGAGAGGCAGCCAAUAGGCAAGCAGCCCAGAGGAGGAGCAGAGAAGAGGCAUCGAUGCUCAAACACUGGAUAAAGUCAUACAAAGGUGCAAAAUCAGUAAGUUCUGUAUAAUAAGGAGGCAAUAUGCAGGGGUGUCAAACUCAAAUACACAAUGGGCCAAAAUUUAAAACUUGAAUAAAAUCGCGGGCCAACAUUGAACAAAUAAACCUUUUAAUAUAUACCCAACAUGUUUAGCUUUAACAUUAAAUAUGGAACCAGCAACGCUUAUAAACAUACAAUAUAUAACUAAAUAGUGCAGACAUGCAAAUUCAAAUUUCAUAUAAAAAACACAUCAAUGUCAUUAAUUUAUGAAAUAAAAAUUAAAUAAAAAUCGUAUGCCUCCUUUCUAUUUGCAUCCUUCUGAUUUAAAUAUCAAAAUUAAGUUUUUCAACAGGUUAAUAUAUUUAAAAAUAAAAUGACAAUAAUAAAUCUAGUAUUAGCGGUAAAUGCGCCGUAUAAUACCGGCGGGUCAGCUUUUAUAGUACAAUAAUAAUAUAAUAAUUUGAUAUUGGCUCGCGGGCGAAAUAAAAUUACACUGCGGGCCAAAUUUGGCCCGCGGGCCAGAGUUUGACACCCCUGUAAUAUAGGAACACAUAUAUUUUAGUUGUUAAUUCUACUGUAAUACCCAAAGACUUCACAUAAAAGCCACGACUCACUGUAUGCUCAUGAAAUAUGAAUGUAAAUUAAGCAUUUAAUUUGCAAUAGAUAGUUGUAAUUCACUGUCACUGAACUGAAUUUUAUAGUAAACUAUAUACAUUUAGAGUACCUAUUUUCAUGUUUGCAUGCUAAUGAAACGACAGACCUCUGAACUUCUGAUAAAACUAUUAAAAUAUUUAAACUGAAAAUGCUUUCCUACAAUAUUAAACAGUGUUUCAAAAAAAAAAAAAAAAAAAAGCUGUUUCUGACAAAAUAAUUAGUAACAAGAGAAUGAAACAGUGACUGAUUCUGAUGUUUGCUGGUUAGUCUUUGCCCGAGUCUCACUGACCUGAUCCGACCUUUUUAUCUUGUGGCGGUUGAAGGAAUGUCUUUAUUUCAAACAUGUUGCUAGAUAAGUAAAAACCAGAUGAAAAAGGUAUUUUUCCCACACCUCAACCCAUAAGAACCCAGACCCAGUUAUCCUUAAAGGAUGUGUUCUAUAAGUGGACCACAUAGAACACAUUUCUGAUGUGUUUUUUUUAUUCUACCCCUAAAUGUCAAAGAUCAGUGAUGUGAC